AUGAUUGGAGUGUAAAAUCACCUAGGAGAAGAGAGAAAAUUGCUUGGUUCCUCUCUUGGCUUGUAAGUAGAAAAUGCAAAUGGAGAUAGAAGUGAAAAGUGUGAUGAAUCUAUUAACUUAGAAAGCUGCUUUUAGUUUGAGGAAGAUUUUGAUGACGAAAGUUCUAGAUUAAAAAAUAAUAAUUUAAAAAGCUCAUCAGAAACUCAAAAAGAAGAUGAAAAUAAAUAAACAAAAUUUAAUAUAUUCUUAUAAAAAGUUAAAAGCCUACUAACAUUCAACAGAAAGUUUGUUAAUUUUAAACAAAUUUACCAAUAACUUUUUUUUGAUGGAGUUUUGGCAAUUUAUUUUUUAAGAAUGCGUAAAAGAUGUCAAAAAUAUGUGGAAAUAUCUUUUAAAGAUGAACAAUGUAUGAGAGAAAUUUCUAAUGAGCUUAAAAAGGACUCGUUUUACUACUAUAACUGUGCUAAUCCAGGUAAUAAAUGUAUAGUUUGGGGAAAACUAAAUUAAUGGGAGGAUUUUUAAAGUCAUGUCUAAAAUGGUUCUCCUAAAAAAUCUAAGCCUUAUCCUCCCUAUUAUACUUUAAGUUCUUUCAAUAAGAAUGAAGAGAUAAAAAUUGAAACAAAUUAAUGUUCUUCUGUUUUUUGCGAGCAAUCAUCAUUAAAGACUUUUACCAAAAGAGGAAUACUCUAUCGCUUGAUAACCUCAUUAUAUGCAUUGAAUCUUUUUAAAAUAAAUAUUCAGCCUGAAAAUAUAUCAGUUAAAUUUGGAUUUGUGUAUGUUUUUGGAGAAAAAGUUGUUAAUUCAGCAGGAGAUUUAUAUAUGAAACCUAUUAGAAUAUUUUAAUCAAUAAAUUAUUAAAAUUAUAGAAGAGACCAGACAGUAUUUAGUGCUUUUGGAGUCAUAGUAGGAGGAUUAAGUUUUUACUUCUUGAUAAAAUUCUUUAAGAAUGCUUUCAUGUGUUCAAAAAAGAAAAGGUUAUUAGAAAGAAUAAAAGAAUUCUUUGUGAAGCCCAAAGAAGUGAAUAAUUAAAAUAAGAACAAAUAAGUGAAAUACUAAAAAAUUUGA